UGUCGACAACUAGAGUACUUUACCUCCGGUAGAUGAGAAAAUAGCACGUUCAGUGCACAGACUCAUCACAAACAAGCAGGAGCCGCGAACGCGAGGGCAAUUCGCCCAGCUGAGCUUCGUUCACUCAUCGCUCCCGCGCUCGCCAAAUGGGGGUUUUCUUCUUAAACUUUUUGCGGGCGCUUAAAGGCCCGACGAAAAAUCUCGUCUUGCGAACCACUCUAUUCCUGGUGUAUUUACUAUUUGGCGCGGCGGUCUUCCAAACGAUUGAAUCGGGCGCAGAACACCGUGAAAUUCAUCACUUUGACAAAGUGCAACAGCGGAUGAAAGAAAAAUACAACAUUUCGGAGGAAGAGAUGCAUAUUUUUUUCACAGAAAUUUCCAAGGCCAUCGACGAUGGAUACUUCGAUGUGGCUUAUGACCGAUGGAGUUUUGCCGGCUCGCUUUUUUUCACCGGGACAGUUGUGACUACCAUCGGUUAUGGCAAGAUGGCUCCGAGCACGGUCUGGGGACGAAUCUUCUGUAUAUUUUACGCCAUAUUUGGAAUUCCAAUCACUGGCCUAAUGCUGAAAUCGAUCGGCGAACGGAUAACAGAGACGACGGCAAACUUUUGGAAACUAAUUGACACAAAGAUCUUCAACAGAGAACCUCGGAAAAUCUACCUUAAAACUGUAGCUUGUAUAUUCCUGAUGGUAGCAGGUAUGAUCUUACUUUUGGCAGGUAUAGGCAAAAGUUACGAAGGAUGGACAUUUUUCGAAGGAGUUUAUUUCGCUUUUAUCACACUAAGCACGAUCGGUUUUGGAGAUUAUGUGCCCCAGCAUCCAGCCAAUAGCGAGAAAGAUCACCCUGGCUACGUCAUUGCCUUUACAGUACUCACAUUCGUUUACUUCACAUUUGGUCUUGCGGUCGUCUCCAGUGCCUUGCUGGCGAUCAGUCGGUUAUUCGAGGACGAGCCGCCUUGGGGCUUUAUCUCUUUGAUGGGAGGCGAUGAUGGGGAGGACGACGAACAAGACACUCUUCUAGCCGAGAAAAAGAAAGCUCAGAUCAAGGACAAGAUGGCGGCAGGCGGUAGCGCUCCUUGAUGUCUAACUAUAUUAGAAAAUGUAUCACCUUACUUUCUGUGGAUUUAUUGUAUCAAUUUUAUGAUCAUUACGUCGUCGGGGAUCAGUGUGUUGAUUUGAUUUCGGGAAUUAGUCAUCCGUGGUCAUGUGACGUCAUACCGAGUUCCACAAUCAGAGCAGAUCGAUCGCAAUCUUAAGCAGGCGAUAAAACCAGCUUCAGCAUCAGAGGUUAGUAGGAGAGAAACAUCAAACGAUGGCACAGAAGAAAGGAAAUUUUUAUUACAGGAGAAGAAAACAGUCAAGUUAAAUACUCAAGAGAACCAGUAAAAACUGGUUGUAAACUCAGACUGCAAAUCAAAACAUUGAAUUCCUGAAGUUGGUCUGGAAAGUCGAGUGAAUGGACACACUCAUUCUCUCCGCGAUGUCAUGGAACUGAACUUGUGAGUAUUAGAGGAGCUACUGCAUUUCGUUGGACGCAAGUGACUCGUCUGACUUGGAAUUUACUACUUCAGAGGAUCAUCAAUGUAAUUUAGGUAGGUAGUUAGGAAAGAAGUGAUGUAUAAUGGUAACUGGUUUUGUCAAAAGCUCGACAUGGCAGACGUUAUACAUUUCCAUCGACAAUUGUGUCACACUGACGCCAAACGUGGAUACCACUUUUCCACUAUUAACAGUAGUUAUAUCUCCUCAAUUUUUAUGCAACAGUCCUAUUGUCAUGUAGCAAUCUGGUGUGACAAACUCUUGCUUGCUGCUUGACAAGGAGCAAAUUAAUUGUGUCACGUGUCUCGUGUCGCGUGUCGUGCAUGUAGAAGGCAAAUUGACUAACUAAAACAACAAAGUUCUCAGUCACCAAGAAGGAAAUCAAAUACCUUGAUCAUUUAAGCAAUAUAGUUAUUUUUGUAACAAUUUAUUAAACUUAAUAUCAGUGUCUAAACUUAAACGAUCACUUCUGUUUGUUAUCUUCAUACUCCUUUAAUGCAGGUCAGAUUGGCUCAUCGAGUUUCAUUUUCUUUAAAUUUCUUAUCAGAAAUAGAACAACUUUUCUGCAGAGGGUAAUUAACAAAUUACUGCGUUACUUUUACUAGCUACAAUGAUAUCAGCAAUCCCCACUUUCAGCCACAAUCUUAGUAGCACAUCAUCGUCAAUGUGUAAUGUAACGAAUUUUAGAAAUUUAGGGAAUUAAGGUGGGAGUCCGUGAAAUUAGUCUAAAGUUUCUUCAGAAAUGACCGAGCGGUGUUUAGGACAUUUGCCACUUAGUAAGUUAUUUGGCAUUGGUCCCAAAAAACCGUCCGGUGCUAAUUUGAACUCAGAAUCGUCGCAUUCGAGCUUGCAACAAUAAACUUUUGUUACUCUUUAGAAACCUUUAUUUUCCUAAAUUCAGAGGCAUCACUAAACAUGUAAAUGCAUCGGCUGAAUACAGCAUCCACCUUUAAAAUUUUAAUUCUAUAUACUUCCGCUGACUUGUGUUCAUAUCCAGUCUUUCAGCCUUCAAAGGCAAGCCUAGUUUGCAGACGAUUUUCUGGCACAAGCUAACUUAUCGUACUUUACAGUUUUACAAAUUACGUUGUACAUUGAUGUUUUGAAAACUCUAUAACAAGGCAAAUCCAGUUUUAGUUUGAAAAAAGAAAGUAUUUCUUUACUUAGUAAGGGACAGACCAUAACAUGAUACACUGCUUAUUCUAAGGAUAUAUCGUAGAUUUAGGAUCGUGUGACUCUGGAAGUCACAUCCAACGCCUCAGGCAAGGCAUUAUAUAGUAGGUCCUAAAGUAUCUUAAGUUUAUGAAACUUUAAGGAAUGGGGUAAUAUCUUACUUGAAAUCAGAUAGAAAACAAAACAAAAGAAAAACAAGACAAAACAAAAAACAUCGCAGGUGUAUGACAGUUACUAUGUAAACUUAGGAUAGUGUCACUUUGCUCGCGGUUGCAACGUCAAAUACUACAAAACAACAACAUCAUUUGCCGAAUGAGGCCACAUUGGAAUUUAAGGGUGCCUUGAUGUAUGAGAUGCGCAUGACUGUCUUCCCUGGAAGUUUAAGACGCACGCAAUUGCGUUUCUUAAAUUUCUGACUCAAAAAAUGAAUUAAAAACCCAAGAAAAUUGAGUAUCAGCGACGUGAAUGACCUUUCGUUCUGAAAAUAUCAAGGUAUUUGGCGUUGCAACCUAGACAAGAUAUUUCAGAGUUGGAAAUAGAAAUUCAGAAUCAUAAACCUCGAUUUUACUUCAAGAAAAAAGUAAAGUAGUCCAAAGAUGACAAUUCUUAAUCAGUUGAUUUUCAAGUUGUUUGGUAUGAAAUACCUCUUUGACGGAUUUCUGUUUUCAAAUCAAAGGAGUCAUGUCAUCAAAUGUUAGAAAAUACCAGCACCGAACGACCAGUUUUACUUCGAGCGGCGUAGAAUUUUCAGUAGAAGGAAUAAAGGGGAAUAACAAGCGAAACAAUUGAAAAGGGAAAAACUUAGAAACGACAUGAACGUGUUGCGUUCUGCCUAAUUUGGGAAUGGUCAGCCCUCCGUUGUUAUUCAUAAUGGUCGGCGAAGAUGAUCUUUGUUCGUUGGCUCACCAAAGAACGUUUUUUUAUGGUUAAGAAGGUUUUAAACUGAUAACUGCCGGAACAGAAGUAAACUGAGAUAUCGUGUCCUGCCUCCUUUUAUAUCUUUGCUAGUAAUUAUUUCUAUUUAAUGAUUUAUUUUGUUAUUUUACCAUUACAUCCUAUUUCUUAUUUUUCCGCUCGACUGAUCACACAUUGGCUUUCCUUGCGACGUUCGUUUAUUUGCCAUCAACGUAUGAUUCUCCUUUUUUUACGUUAAAGACAAACAUUUGUUUAUUUUUAUUUCAAAAUGUUAAUUGAGUUUAAGGUUGUGGUUGUCGUUAGAUAUAGUAGUACGAUGUGAACAAAAUACCAAGAAUAUCAGACUCAAAGCAAAAAAUAUUUUAAUACCUCGUGGUUUAUUCUUUAUUUUCAAACAUAAAUAAGUUGGAGAGAGAAAAUGAAAAUUAUAUGGAAUGUGGAGUACAAUGAAUAAAAGAUGAAAGACUAUUUUUUGUCUGCACAU